UCGUUGUCCCCCCCGCCUCCGGACACCCCUCCCCCACUCCUUUCCUUUCCUUUCAUCUCGAAUACUGGUACUUACCGCUCAUCGCGAUGUCAGUAUCACAUAUAACAACAGAAAGCGCCGGAUGAAGCUGACCCAGGCGUGCGCGGAGCGGGACUGCGGGUGCGUGUAUACGCCCCAUCAAUUGACAACUUACUUAUGUUCUGCUCAACUCACGUAUGGCGACGCGAGAAGGGACACGCGCUGGGCGUAAGGGUGGGGAAAAUGGGGCGAAGAUCGCCCCGCUCCCCGCCAUUCUUCCCCUCAAACCGGCUAUGAGGGUGGAGGGGGGUCGCCUAGGGCUUAUCACGCGCCCUAGGAAGCCUCGCAAUGGCUUUUUUUGGCCGCUACACCCCCACCGACAUGCCCGAUGCGUGCAGGUGGGGUAGUGCACUACCCCCUCCCCUCCCCCUGGUUACAUAGAAGCGCCCUCGUGGCGAUUUCAUGCGCCGUGGCGAUGCCCGUCGUGCUACCGAGACUCGUUCUCGGUCCGCCGCUUCUGAGUGCAGCCCGCAACUGGCUAAGCCGACUGCGCGGGGCCGCUGCUAGCGGCAGGGCUUACCCCCUUGACGUGCUCCUCGGCCGUGCGCUGCCCUCCUUCCCGACAGAGGAGGCUUGUUGCGUGUUCUACCGCCCCCUCACUCUGUAUCUGCGCCUCGCCAAGGCGCAGAACGGGAGUGCGUAGCCAUGCGCCACCCUCCCCCUCCCUCUCCCUCCACAUGCUACGUGCCGCCGCGACUGAGCGCUAUUGCCCCAGUAGCGUCAGCCACGUGACCUGCCACGUGCCGCGCCGCCAACGCACCGAAGUCGUGCACCUGGCUAUGUUUGCCUUUCCUGUGUACCUUCUGGUGGAAUAUAACAUUCUAUAUACAGCAUAGAGCCCAUAGACUAGCAGAAAAUCGACCGGAAUAUGCGUGAUUAGUAAUACAAACAUAACAAAACUUCGUGUAGAGUCCCUUGUCCAAGUUCAAGUAUAGACUACGUGACGAGACCUAGAGUCAUUAUAAGUAUACAAAGUAGUAGAUAGACAUGUUAUCUAUGCAGUUCAGG